AUGUCGACGUUCGCUGAGAAACCUGUGCCGCUCAUCACAUUUGAUGAAGAAGAAAACAAGUUCAAGGUUAAUGAUGCAGCUGUUGAGCUGCUGAAUUGUAUCGAAGGGCACGUGGCUGUGAUUGCCAUGGCUGGCCUCUACCGCACAGGAAAGAGCUCAAUGUUAAAUUGGCUGCUGGACAGACAGAGCGGUUUUCGCGUGGGUCCCACUAUUGAGCGCUGCACGCGCGGGAUAUGGCUCUGGGGUCAGCCACAGCGACAUACGAUGGCUGAUGGUAAAGACGUCUGGGUGCUUAUGCUUGAUACAGAAGGAAUGGGUGGCCUUGAGGCUUCGCAGCAAUACGACGCGCGUAUCUUCUCCUUGGCCACAUUGUUGUGCUCUAGACUUAUUUACAAUAGCCAUGGAAGCGUGGAUGAAAAAGCUAUCAGUGGACUCAGUUUCAUCGCACAACUAGCUAAAAACAUUAAAGUCAACGCCACGACCGAGAAAGGAGAGACCGAUAAUGAAGACGACAUCAUGCAAUUUCACAGCUUCUUUCCGUCCUUCCUUUGGGUCGUUAGAGACUUUACAUUAGAUCUCGUCGACGAAGAUGGGGAUUCAAUAACCAGUAGUGACUAUCUGGAGCGAGCACUUGCUGAUCAACCUCGAACUCCGGGUAAUAUGGAGCGUAAUCGUAUCCGAACCAUGAUGAAGGACUUCUUCCGUGACCGUGACUGCGUUACCCUAGUGCGUCCAGUGCAUGACGAAUCGAAAUUGCAACAGGUUGAUGCACUGCCGAUCGAAGACUUGCGACCAGAAUUUCAGCAGCAGCUUCGUGAUGUAAAGCAGAUUGUUUACGGCAAUAGUUUGAAGCCCAAAAUGCUGCAGGGCAAGCCUCUUAAUGGCAGAAUGUUUGCUGGUUUGCUUAAAGCCUAUGUGGCUGCUAUCAACAGCGGGGGUGUCCCCGUCAUUACGUCCGCCUGGGAAGGUGUAACUGCAAGCGAGUGCCGUAAAGCGUUAACUACAGCAGCUGAUACGUUUAAAUUGAGUCUGGCUGCUUUGGAGUUACCACUCGACGAUAAAGAUCUGAUUGAAGCGAUAAAAGACGCUGAAAAGCGAGCAAUAGCUCAGUACCGUGCGGCAGCUAUUGGUGAUAGUGCAUCAAGUCUUGAGGCUGAAUUAAGGAACCGCAUGGAGAACGAAAAAGAUGAUUGCGCACGCAAUAAUGCAGAGCGGAGCAAGGAAAUGUGCGAUCGCUUGUUACAUAUUCUGUAUGCGGAGGAAAUUCAGCCCAAGCUGGCUGCAGCCAAUGACGAAUCGGAUGAAAUGCUGCGAUUUUCGCUUAAUUGGCAAGCUUUUCGUGACCUGUAUUUGAAAAAAGCUCGUGGUAGCGCAAAACUCGAAUGCUUGCUCACUUUUUCCGAAUCUAAGUAUGCUGAGGCCAUGCGAAUCCUCUUAAGUCGGCAGGAAGAAAGCUACGAAAAGAAAAUUAGGAAACUACAAGGCGAUGUAUCUAAAGUGAAGGAGGAGCUUGGUAACGUUGGUGGCCGAGAACAGAUCUACAUGGAUCAAAUCGAGCAGAUGCAAGUUCAAUCGUCACAAAUCUUAUCCGAGAGAGCGUUUUUUGAAGCUGAGGCCGAGGCACAGCGCGAACGCGUUGCAAAUUUGGAAAGCAUUGUUCACGAUGAGGUCGAUUCAGAGCAGCAUGUACAGACUGUGCAUGAUUCUGCCAACACAAAACGAUCGAGCGAAGUCAAAAAUCGAGAGAAUGACAGCGAGCUCGAGCGCAUGAAGGCAGCAUAUGAGCGCGUGGUGCAGGAAAAGGAACGUCAGGAGAUGGAGCUCAAUUUGCUGAGCGAGGAAUGUCAGCAGCUGCGUAAAGGUCACGCUUGCGCUUGCACAAUUUCAUAG